AUGUCAAGCGGCCUUCCCUAUCUAAACAAGCUGCGCAAGCCCGAGCUGGUUGAGUUCGCUGAAUUGACCGAUCUUCAAGACUUCUCCGACUACAACAAGAAUGACCUCGCCGCCGCGCUCGACAAGCACCUCAGUGGUAUCAACCGCUCUAUCUUCGCGGGCGAGAAAAAGCUCGCCGACUACUACAAGCGCCUGUCGGCACCCCCGCGGGGAGGGUCGCCGGUGAAGCGCGAAGCCAAGGCUGAAGGCUCCCCCGCAGUCGAGAAGAAGACGCCCGGCCGUAAGUCCAACAAGCAGAAGCUGGAGGAAGCUACUUCGUCCGAUGACGCCGCAAUGCGCCCAGCCAAGACGCCGAGCAGUGCGGUGCGCUUAACUACGAGCCGCGUCCGCGCUGCCCUCGACGUGCCUCCCUCCCCGGCCCAGGUGGCAGACUCGAUUGACCGGCAAACCACGCGGGUGCGCGAAGGCAUCGAGCAGGCUUGGACCUCAUCGGGCGUUUUGGAGCGCACGCACGCGCUGCGCGCCAACCUGAGCAGCCUCUUCGCUAUCGAGGCUAUCGUCGUCGCUGUUGAGGUUUUCAACCUUCUGACCGAGCUCGUCCCCAACCGCUUCCUGGGUAAUCUGGACGCCAAUCCAACCCUGCACACCCCCAACAUCCGAAUCAAGAUCCCCGAUUUGUUCCAGCUGGUCACGCUCUCGUUCUGGGCGCCGUUCACCCUCUGGCUUCUCACUAACUUGCUGCUCCCUUUGGUCGCCGCCUACUUUAUCAACCUGAGCUGGCAGGCCGCUUCUGGGGGUGUGCGCCGUGGUCGUUCGGCUGCAUCUGCCCGUGCCCAGUUUGACCCGCUCACUUUCAACAUUGUCAAGGCGCUGCUGGUGUGGAAGGUGUAUGUCAAGCACUUCUGCUUCUGGGGUCUAUACAGCAACCUUGCUGUUGAAAAGGUCAACUGGUCUAUCCCCGGCAACUACUAUGGCAUGUGGACUGGUGCUGCCAUCGGCGUGGUCGGCACUUUAUAUGAGGCCAUUCUGCGCCGCUCGUAG